UCAGUUUCAGGAGCUGAGCUUCACAGACUAUUCUCCUGCUGUUGGGAUGCAGCCAGGAUGGCUCACAACCACCACCAUGUCUCAAAUACAGAAUCUGAGAAGUUACUCCAUGUACAAGACCAAGAAGGAUGUCCAGACCCUUCUCCAUCAACAGCGCUGAUUCCUAAAGACUCUGACUUCUUUCCUUCUGUCGCUCUGGCGGCUGCCCUGCUACUCAUCUUUGUCUCUGUCCUUCCUCUGUUGUCCCAGUCUGGCACAGCCUUUGUCCCAUUCCAAAAACUGGGUAACUUUUCCAGAAAAGAGGCCAAUUUCCACCCCCUCCUCUACAUUCAGCCUCGGUCCACACAGUUAACCUUAGAGGCAUUAGCCAAGAACUAUGAGGAGAACAUCACAGUGUUGGCCGUGGCCAAGGAGCAAGCAACUCUGACCCUACUUUGCUUCUCUAAGAAUGUAUUUUCUCUUCUGUCAAAGCAAGGCCAAGGUCUUUCUGUCUUCAGACAGGUCAUGGAAGACAUGAGGAACAUUGGUAACGCAAGAUCUUCAGAGGUCUUCUCUGUCUCAGUUGUGACUCAGAGAAGAGGACACAGCCCCCACUGCACAGUUCUAAGACCUCCAAGCCCCGUGACUGGUAAUGUCCACCUAACAGAGAUAAGUUCACCUCAAGAAAAAGAGGUAACUGAGCAGAGAGAGUCUUUUACCAUAGCCCGUGAGCUCAUGGAACUCAUGUAUAAGACCGGACUAGUCCCAGAGACUUUUGAGGUCAAGGGAACAUCAAGACAUCAUGUGAAAGUCAUGCAUGUACUUGGUGACCCCUACCUUGAGAGUGGCAUCGUAUGUUGACUUAACUGUGAUGACCGAAACAUAACUCAGUGGACAUUGUUUGGUCUCCUAACUGUCUGAUCACAGAUGCACUUGCUGGAGAUAAUCUAUUGUGUGUUCUCCGAAGAACUUGGAUGUGGAGAACUGGAGAUAAUCUAUUGUGUGUGUUCUCCGGAGAACCUGGACGUGAAGAACUGGAGAUGAUCUGACUAGAUGAUAUGAACUUUGGGACAUAUUAUGCUCAUGGAUAGUGUGCAUGGUCCUUUGAUCCACUACUGACCUACAGUUAAAGUGUUUUAUCAAUCUGUCCACUAGAUGGUGCCAAAACUCCAUAUUAAUUAUACUGGACGCUGGUACGUAUAGGCGUCAUCAUGUUAUCAGAGCUCCACAUUUCUGAUACUAAGUUCCUAUGCUCCCAUUAAAAGUGUUGUCCCACCAUAAGAACGUAUCACCUUUCCGCAAGAGGGAUGAUAAAUAUCUGACCGCUGGGACCCCUACCAAUCACAAGAAUGCUGUGGAUAAGUGUUGACUUCUUAUGGUGGGGUGACCUCUUUAAGUCUAAGUUUUAAAGAGGUUGUCCAUCUCGCACACUCGUGGCAUGAUAUGCUACCAAUAUCAGAUAGCUGGAGGUCCUGCCUCAGGGACCCACACCUAUCUUUGGAACAGAGUUCCCAAAGAGAAAGCGCACGCACUGCGCAAGUGCGGCCAUCCUCCUUUCACUUCUAUGGGAUUGUUGAAAAUAGAGAAGUGGCCGCGCUUGCGCAGUGCGGUCAACACUCACUUUUAUGUGAGUCUUGGAAAAAGCUGAGCGCGCUUACUCGCCUCUUUUCAGACCUCCCAUAGAAGUAAUUGGAGGCGGCCACGCAUGCACAGUGCACUCUCCUUCACUUUGGAGGCCCUGUUCUGUGUGUGUACAAACCCUUUAAGUCUGUCUAUUUAGUGGAUUUGCAGUAGCCAUGCUGAACAAUUACUAACCCUUUUCUUCUUUUAUUUGAAAUAAAAUAUAUUUUUGCUAAAUUUCA